AGGAGCCUUUCAGAGGGCGGCUCAGAUCCUGUUUAUUGUCAAAUAUCAGUAUCCUAUCUUAUGCAAGGCUGGUUUUGAUCUGCAGUUAAGAAACACAUGUGACCUGUUAAAUCAUGUUGUUUAGAUGGUUAUUUGAUCUGAGCUUACUAAAAGGUCCUACCACGUCUACCGAAGUUGAGCUUCCCGUUAUAUAUAUAUGACAUCCGAUUGUUGGCCAUGUCAUUCAGGUGUGUAGACAUCAAGCAGGUGAGUUAUGUAUGCAGAGAGUCUCUUCCUCUAUAAAAUCUUUUGGGCCUCGCAUCUUUUCAGUGCCAGCUUUAAGGUUAAUUCUGCUUUAAGUUUGAUAUCUUUCAUUCUUGUGCUCAGAUGUUUUGUCACUGAGACAAGCUCUUAAGGAUUUUAUGUAACACCUGCUUCUGUGAAGUCGUCUCCACGCAGACCAGACAAAUCAAAGUCUGGACGUUUCACUGAUGACGAGCAAGUUCGCGUCUCAAUCAACCAUCCUAAUCAGUACCUCCGCUGGUAAGAACAGCAAAAAGCUCUCUCUCAAAAGGAAAGGAAGCUCCGCUGUGUACCUGGACUGUGAUGACCUGCAAGGCUACAGUAUGAAAUCCAGGAGGACUCACAGUCAGAUAGAGAAGAGACGCAGGGACAAGAUGAACAGCUUCAUAGAUGAGCUGGCAUCAUUAUUGCCUACAUGCAACACUAAAUCAGGCAAAUUGGACAAACUCUCAGUCCUGCGUAUGGCAGUCCAACACAUGAAAACAAUACGAGGCUCUUCUGGUAACCAGUAUGCUGAAUUUAAAUACAAAAAUGUGGUCUUAUCAGAUGAGGAGCUAAAACAUUUACUACAGAGGGAAGCUGAUGGCUUUCUGUUCGUUGUUAACUGUGAUCAAGGGAAAAUAUUGUUUGUUUCUGAAUCAGUGUACAAGAUCCUACACUAUAGCCAGAGGGACCUGAUCGGCCAGAGUCUGUUUGAUUGCCUGCACCCUAACGACAUUGUCAAAGUCAAGGAGCAGCUGUCCUCUGCUGUUAUCGUGCCACGAGAGAAGAGCAUUGACGCAAAAAGUCCUUCAGUGAAGACAGAUAUCAACCCAAGUUCUGUAAGACUUUGUUCUGGGAUGAGACGCUCAUUUUUCUGCAGGAUGAAGUGCAAUCGUAAUGUGGAAGAUGAAGAUUUUUCAUUGAGAUGCUCGGGGAAAAAAAAUGCAGAUCAUAAGGGCUUCUGCACAAUUCACAGCACUGGUUACAUAAAAAGAUGGCGCCCCACCGAGGUGGAUUUGGGUGAAAAUAAUGAGUUGCACCAUGAUGGAAGAAGCUUAGGCUAUCUGGUGGCUGUUGGUCGGCUGCAGCUCCACACUGUUUCUCAGCCUGUGCACAAGCACAUCAAGGUCAGGCCCAUGGAGUUUGUUUCACGUCAUGCAAUUGAUGGGAAGUUUGUCUUUGUAGAUCAAAGGGUCACUGCCAUUUUGGCUUAUUUGCCUCAAGAACUGCUGGGAACUUCAUUUUAUGAAUACUUUCAUGAAGAUGAUAUUGCUCACUUGGCAGAAUGUCACAGGCAAGUGCUGCAGCUGAGAGAGAAGAUCAAUACAAACUGCUACAAGUUAAAAAUAAAUGAUGGGCCCUUCAUCAAAGUAAGAAGCUGCUGGUUCAGUUAUGCAAACCCCUGGACCAAAGAGGUGGAGUACAUUGUCUCUGUCAAUACUGUAGUCACUCCUUCAGUAGCCAGACCUGAGAACAGUUAUCAUUUGUCUGCUGCCUCCCUGCCCACAGUGACCACUGUACUGAUGCCAGGUGAACGAAAACUGGGUCCCCGAACAGUGCCUGGAAUUCCUGGUGGGACAAGGGCAGGCGCUGGGAAGAUUGGGCAAAAGACUGUAGAGGAAAUCCAAGGUGUUUCAUUCUUCUGACUAAUAUUGACAGUUUUAAAUGAUAAUACAGCAGAUGUGGUACCAAAUGACCUUUUUAUCUCUUUACUCCCAUUACUUUCGAUGUAAAAUGAUUCUGCUGGCUACUUGCAGAGAAUUCGGUGAGUUUUCAGGUGUUACAG